GGGUCUGUCAUGUGACUCUCCGGCUGCAUCAUGGCGGAAGCAGAGGGGCAGGAAACUGAGUCUCUCGAAGAAUCUACAGAUGAGUCUGAGGAAGAAGAAAGUGAGGAGGAACCCAAACUGAAGUAUGAAAGGCUUUCCAAUGGGGUAACUGAAAUCCUUCAGAAGGACGCGGCUGGCUGCAUGACUGUCCAUGACAAGUUUUUGGCACUGGGCACACAUUAUGGCAAGGUUUAUUUACUUGAUGUCCAGGGGAACAUCACUCAGAAGUUUGAUGUAAGUCCUGUGAAGAUAAAUCAGAUUAGCCUGGAUGAAAGUGGAGAGCACAUGGGUGUGUGUUCCGAGGACGGCAAGGUGCAGGUGUUUGGACUAUAUUCUGGAGAAGAAUUUCAUGAGACUUUUGACUGUCCCAUUAAAAUCAUUGCUGUGAACCCGCAUUUUGUGAGGACCAGCUGCAAGCAAUUCGUGACUGGAGGGAAGAAGCUGCUGCUGUUUGAACGAUCUUGGAUGAGCAGAUGGAAGUCGUGUGUUCUGCACGAAGGGGAAGGGAACAUACGGAGCGUGAAGUGGAGAGGCCAUCUGAUCGCUUGGGCCAAUAAUAUGGGUGUGAAGAUUUUUGACGUCACCUCAAAGCAGAGAAUCACCAACGUGCCCCGGGAUGACAUAAGUCUUCGCCCGGAUAUGUAUCCCUGUAGCCUCUGUUGGAAGGACAGCGUGACGCUGAUUAUCGGCUGGGGGACUUCAGUCAAGAUCUGCUCAGUGAAGGAGCGGCAUGCCAGCGAAAUGAGGGACUUACCGAGUCGAUAUGUUGAAAUAGUGUCUCAGUUUGAAACCGAAUUCUACAUCAGUGGGCUCGCACCUCUCUGUGACCAGCUUGUUGUGCUUUCCUACGUCAAAGAGGUUUCAGAAAAAACGGAGAGAGAAUACCGUGCCAGGCCUCGACUGGAUAUCAUCCAGCCGCUUCCUGAAACCUGUGAGGAGAUCUCUUCGGACGCUCUCACCGUGAGAGGCUUUCAGGAGAAUGAGUGCAGAGAUUAUCAUCUAGAGUACUCUGAAGGGGAGUCACUCUUUUAUAUCGUGAGUCCAAGAGACAUUGUCGUAGCCAAGGAACGGGACCAAGAUGACCACAUUGACUGGCUCCUUGAAAAGAAGAAAUAUGAGGAAGCUUUGAUGGCAGCUGAAAUCAGCCAGAAGAACAUUAAAAGACAUAAGAUUCUAGACAUUGGCUUGGCAUAUAUAAACCACCUGGUGGAGAAAGGAGAGUAUGACAUAGCAGCACGCAAAUGCCAGAAAAUUCUUGGGAAAAAUGCAGCACUCUGGGAAUAUGAAGUUUAUAAAUUUAAAGAAAUUGGACAGCUUAAGGCUAUUAGUCCUUACUUGCCAAGGGGAGACCCAGUUCUGAAACCACUCAUCUAUGAAAUGAUCUUACAUGAAUUUUUGGAAAGUGAUUAUGAGGGUUUUGCCACUCUGAUCCGAGAAUGGCCUGGAGAUCUGUACAAUAAUUCAGUAAUUGUUCAAGCAGUUCGGGAUCACCUGAAGAAAGAUAGUCAGAAUAGGACCCUUCUCAAAACCCUGGCAGAACUGUACACCUAUGACAAAAAUUAUGGCAAUGCUCUGGAAAUAUACUUAACAUUAAGACAUAAGGAUGUUUUCCAAUUGAUCCACAAGCAUAAUCUUUUCAGUUCUAUCAAGGAUAAAAUUGUUUUAUUGAUGGAUUUUGAUUCUGAGAAAGCCGUUGACAUGCUUUUGGACAAUGAAGAUAAAAUUUCAAUUAAAAAGGUGGUGGAAGAAUUAGAAGACAGACCAGAGUUGCAACACGUGUAUCUGCAUAAACUUUUCAAGAGAGACCAUCAUAAGGGGCAGCGCUACCAUGAAAAGCAGAUUAGCCUUUAUGCUGAGUAUGAUCGACCAAACUUACUUCCCUUUCUCCGAGAUAGUACCCAUUGCCCACUUGAAAAGGCUCUUGAGAUCUGUCAACAGAGAAACUUUGUGGAAGAGACAAUUUAUCUUCUGAGCCGAAUGGGCAAUAGCCGAAGUGCCCUGAAGAUGAUCACGGAGGAGUUGCACGAUGUUGAUAAAGCGAUUGAAUUCGCCAAGGAGCAAGACGACGGAGAACUCUGGGAAGACCUGAUUUUAUAUUCCAUCGACAAACCGCCAUUUAUUACUGGCUUACUAAACAACAUUGGCACGCAUGUAGACCCAAUUCUCCUGAUUCAUCGUAUUAAGGAAGGAAUGGAGAUUCCCAAUUUGAGAGACUCCUUGGUUAAAAUUCUGCAAGACUACAAUUUGCAAUCAUUCUUCCAUUUAUGUGGUUGAUGUCACAUGGCAUUUGCAAGGCUGAGGGGUGGUUGCACUGGCUACCGGGCCACUCAAACCAGUUUUGAGUAGAGUGAGUAUUGUGUCCACUGGGAAGAAUAAAAAACAUGUUUUUCAAAUAAUUCUUUUAUUUCCUUGAAGUUUCUCAGUAACCCAUUGCCUGAAACAUGUUGAAUACGUGAUUUCAUUUAACGUUUUGUCUGCUUCCUCGACCAGUACAACCUCGUUGUCUGUAAUAGUUCAGAACUUGGUGAUAAAAGCAAUGGAAUGCCUUAUUAUCAUAUAAGUAAUUAACAUGCUAAUUACAAAGCACCCUCCCCUUUUCUCUAAAAGGACUCCUGACAAUUACUAUUUCCCGGGAGGCUGGUAGCUUCCACAGAACUUGAAACUGUUGAAAGCACAUUUGUUUAACAGUUUGGACUCUUCUUUCUCUACUUCGUUUGAAAAUGAGUUUCUAUUAGGAUAGAGGGAAAUUGCUUUCCUGGAAACACAAAGAUUUUGCAGACAGAGCCAGAGGAUAAGGUUCCGGGGAGGGAAGUGAUUGGCAGGUUAAGUAAGGAGAGGAGCGUCAUGACGAGGAUUUGUGGGGCCCCUGGCCGCUGUGAGGGGUGCCUAGUGGGGGGCUGCCUGCUGCACUUGGGCUGGUGGGCGCAGGUAAGAGGCGGGGGAAGAGGAGAAGUUGAGAAAGACUGAUGGCAACAGGAAGUCAAGUGACAGGUGGAAAAGCAGGACAGAGGGACAAGAAUGUGGGGCCCGGAAGUGGGGUGUGGUCACAUUAAAAUUUCCAAACGCGUCCUUGUAAAAUUUCCAAAGGGGUCCUUCAAAAAGUAGGGUGAAGGGUGAGGGUCGUCAGUGUGGAAUUAGUCCUGAGACUGUGGGAGCAGUGAGUCCUCCCCGAGGGUGCUGAGGGAUGCGGGUGGGAGGGCUGGAGCCAGGCCCCAGCACCUCCGUGAGCUGGGAGGCCAGCCUCUCGGCCUUCUGGGGCUAUAGCACUGAGUAGCACAGCUUAAAGGAGAAGGGGUUUUCCUGAGGGCAGGAUGCGAGAGGACAAGGGGCCUUCCUCAGGAGGGCCUGCGGGAAGUCGGGGUCCCGGGAGAGAUGGCAGGGACCAGGCAGAGGUAGAGGGUUUCUUGUGUGCCAAGCUUUGAGAUACACACGUGUUUAUUUACAGAGGAACUGGGAGGUUGCGGACAGCUCAGGGAAAGGUUUUCAGGACAGAGAAUGAACCGGACAGGAAGGAGAGAGAAUUGGGAUGGGUGACUAGGUGAGCAUUGUGGGUGGUGCCCCAGGGCUGCGGGAAAGUGGUCCAGGCGGGGGAACACUUCCUGAGUUCUGAGGUUGGAACCGGGCUUUGGGGAAAGUGGUUUCAGCGUCUGACUUCAUAAGGCCCUGCAUGUGAGUGAGCCUGAUGAUGAUCUGUGCACUUCACGGGCUCUUCCCAGGCCCGAGUGUGCCGAGACCUGCUCGAAGUUUCAAGUCCAGAUGUGUUGAGAAGUCAUUUAGGUGCGGUGUCCCUGAGCAUCUCUGCCCCAUGGAAGGCGACAAAAAUGAUCAGUCCUCUGUCCUCCAGAUUACAGAUGCAUCAAGCUUAGCCUCUAGGUUGAAAAUGUGCCUGUUUUCCCAGGCUCUACAGUGCCGACAGACACACCUAAUAAAUCCCUCUUACUAGGCUCUUAAUCCAGAGAACCAAGCUCCCGGGCCCGACUGGAUUUCACUCCUCAUUCAUUUUUUAUGAAUAAAAUUGCAUUGUUCUGAGUCAGCCAGGAAUAAAAAUAAAUUAUUAGAUGCAAAAUGAAUUCCAUAUUAAAAAAUCAUCCACUAAAACAGCUGAUAAAUCAAUAUUUUAUCCUCUUAAUUAUCUUUUUAAGUGGACUGAGAGCUUUUCCUUAAGACAUGUAAGUGUGCAGUUGGUGAUGCGUUGAGGAGGCCAGGAGUUCCUUCUCCAGUGGAUCCCAUAAACCUGACCAGGGAGUGGCCUCUGGGACGAGGGGCGAGACCCCCGGGGAAGGUUGCAGAGCCUCUGGGAACUGCACCUGGGUCUCCCCUGGAGCUCGGACAUCUCACUGGAAGGUACAGAGAGGAAACACUGAACUCGGGCAGGUGGUUCAAACAAUUCCAGGGGACACUCCCUUCUUAUAUGUGAAGAAAGACUUUAGAAGUUUUUUCUAUACAAAAGGCUACUGUCUGUCAUUAAUGGCCACUUAUAUUCUUUCUCCAGGCCACCUGUUAAAAAUAACUUAACCCUUCUUCUAGAUUAUAGAGCAUUUGGAAGUUUCCAGAAAGGUUUCACAUACAUAUUUUUCACUCUUGGUCUCUUUCGUUUGUUCCAUAAAAGUAUAUAGUUGAUUUUUACAUGUUCUCGCAGGAUAAAAAUGGCUAGCUCCGUUAAUCUCCCAAACUGGGGGGAAAUUUUGCAGAUGCAUGUAUUUGCGAGGACCUGGAACCUUCUCUGUUGGAGGCAGGGUGGAGGGGAAGGCCCCUGGCGGAUAUCACGGACCAUUCAGUAAACAAGGAUCCACGGUCAGAUGUCAGGGAAAGGGCUCCUCCACGUUGGGAAUGUCUUGGGCAGAUUUACAGUAAAAUGUGCUGCGUUGUAAAAUGUCUUUCACCACUGAGAAUGCUUUGGGAGAGCACUCAUUAGCCAAUAGCUAAUUGGAAACAGAAAGCAGGAAAAGUUGUGGGAAAAAAAUUUAAAAUAAGUAUCUCCUCUGGUUUUAAAAUUUGAUGUUUUCCAAAACACAACAACUCUCCUCAGCUGAAGUUCAGCAUGAGGCGCGUUAGCGUUCUUUGACAUCAUUAAAGUGAAGGAAGAUCUCCCCUCGGCUGCGAUGUUGGUGUUCACAUUUUUAAAAUUUACUUUAUUAUCAUGUUUUUGUACCUUGUUACACAGUUCGUAUAAUGACUCAACAAAUUUUACAAGCUUCAUGAAAUCCAUAAGAUGAAAGUAGUCCUGAUUGUAUUUCAUAAACUUAAAAUGUUCCUAGUCCUGGGGCGCCUGGGUGGCUCAGUUGGUUAAGCAUCCAACUUUGGCUCAGGUCAUGAUCUCAUGGUUCGUGGGUUCAAGCCCCACAUCAGGCUCUGUGCUGACAGCUCAGAGUCUGCAGCCUGCUUCGGAUUCUGUGUCUCCCUCUCUCUCUGCCCCACCCGUUUGCACUCUGUCUCUCUCAAAAAUGAAUAAACGUUAAAAAAAAAAAUUUAUAAAAAAAAAAUGUUCCUGAGCCUGAUUUCAAGGAUAAAAAGCUUUUGUGUAAUGUAAGAUUAUUUUCAAAACAGUAUGGUAUAAAUGACAUUUCAGUGCUUACAUGAAACUGACAAUAGUUUCCAAAUUAUUUUUAUGCUAUAGAUUUAUCAUGUUUAUACUUUAUAUUUUUAAAAUAUUUUUAUUUCUAAAUUUAGCAUUCAUACCCGUUUCUGUUUUUAUUUUCCCAGAAAAGUUCUAGCACUUUUGUUCCUAUGGUCUUGUUUGACGGCCAUUUCAUAGUGGUCAUUAGGGACUAUUUCCCGUAUCACAGAUGGGAAGGCUGUCUCAAAGGAUUUGCCAGUCUGGGAAGCUGGUGAAACUGGGUUUGAGCCCAGGUCUUCUGACUCCAUCUUGUGUAUUCCUUACUGUUUGGUUGCUCCAUUGGUCUCUGGAGAUGCAUUUGCGGUCCCGGCAGGUUACAACAACAGAGGAGUAUCCGAGAUUGACCAGGCAGCCUGCUGUCUUGGAAAAGCAGUGGACGUGAUGUUUGCAGAGCUGGACUCCGGUCCUGGCUUUGUCACCAACAAGCCUGUGGCCCUUUGGGAGGGCACCUAACCCUUCUGGAUCUCAGCUUUCCCAUUCGAUUAAAUCAACAUUUGCCAGCCUGGCUACACACCCGACUUCCCUGAAUUCUUUUAAAACUUACUUUGUUUCAGUAAAAUAAAACCUUCCAGAUCUGCUAGAUUAGAAUCUCCUGGGGAGGACUAGGGGACUGAAUCCACUUUGAUGUUCCUUAUCGCUAAGCCUGGCGCAAGUCUGUGCGUUGACAUUAGGCAUUUAGGAACCUGGAGAUUAGAUGAUCUCUAAAGUAUCUUCCAUCUCUCAAGUUCUUCAGAGAGUCAUUUCGGAAACACGCCUUUAUGUUGUGCCAUUUCUUCUUCUUCCUCAUCUCUCUGCUUUGAAAUCCAGAGACAAAUAAAUUAAGAGGAAAUAGUGACUUCUUUCUUACCUGCCUUUUUUUAUUUUUAUGUUUAUUUUUGAGAGAGAGAGAGAGAGAGACACACACACACACACACACAGAGUGUGAGUGGGGAGGGGCAGAGAGGGAGACACAGAAUCCUCGAACCAGACAAUAGGCUCUGAGCUGGCAGCACAGAGCCUGACGCUGGUCUCGAACACACGAAUGGGUGAGAUCAUGACCUGAGCCGAAGUCCGAUGCCUAACCAACUGAGCCACCCAGGCACCCUUGUUACCUACCUUUUUUGGGGGCUCAGAUGGGUGGUUUCUUGUUCAAAGUACAUAAACUCUUCAUUUCUUCCAAGAGAUAUAUUUUUUUUAAUUUAUAGAUCUCUGAAAUGGAUUUAAAAUGGAUUAAAUGGAUUUAAAAUGGAUUUUUUUUCCCUCUCAAAUGAUUUCCAUUUGGCGUCAUAGCAGCUUUUAGGUGACAUAGGUGGCCUAUGACUACCAGGUGUAGCUUCUUUAAUCAAUCUGGCACGUGUAUACUUUGUGCUGUCGUAAAUCAAAUACGAUUAUAAUACUGUUUUUGAACUGCCAACAUGAGACCUUAGAGCCUUUCUGUUUUUUCCUUAUUUCUCUGCAUUUCAUCUUCUUUGAUGAUAAUCUCAACAAAAAGCAAAGCUUUUUCAAUUAGAAUUCACAUCCCAUAGCAUCAUGGGUUAGAAAUUAGACAAAAUGGUUACCUGGGCUAGCUCCGGGAUUGGUAUCGUACUGGGACUUGUAAACCCAGGUAACUCUCUGUCAUUUGCAAUUCUAAUGACAAGCACUGCAGUAUGAACAAGGCAACGUCAGCAAAAAAUUCAACACUCCGAGAAUCUUUUAAAAUAAAAAUAUCAGAAACUCGGCAAUUUUUUAUGGCAUUUUUCCCCCCACAGCAGCUGUUUCCAAUGAAGCAUAAUGACAUCACUGAUGUACGAUUCUUUUAUUGCUUUAUAAAAUAUCUAUGAGUCUGGUGCUUUGCACCGGGAUGAUGAUCAAUGAUGAUGAACUGCAGAGAAAUCAGGAAAAACCGGGAGACUCUAUCUAGAGUCUUCUGUUGGUUUUUGACAGCUGUCUUAUAAAUAUGUUCUUCUUUAAAUUCACAGUAGAACAAGGUAUGCUUACAACAGACCGAUUCUAGACCCUACAGCUGGUUGGUUGUCUUGAAAGUGGUGAAGAUGAAAAAGUAAAGGUAAUGCUGGAAAGUUUUGCUCUAUGGAGAAAACAGUGCAAUGGUGAGAAAACAAGAGUUGAGAACAGAGUGUGGGGAGAAAAAAUAAGGAAACAUCCCAUAAGCAAAAUGAAUCUCUGAAAGGAAAUGUUGUACUUGCUGAGCAACGCCCACACACACUUUUUGAGAUGAAAGCUUGACGCCAUUAUGAAGUUGAAGAAAGAAAAGACCAGUGGUGUGCUUCCCUUGGUGAAAUUCUAACAUGAACUGGAGCUUCUAGUCUGAGAUGUGGAUUACACAGAAGAAUGAGAAGUGCUGUGACAAUCUUAGUAUUUUCAAGAACUAAAAUACUGCAUCAAACUCAAAGGCGUUAUUAGUUAAGUGUCAUUAAAAACAAAGACACGAGGGGCACCUGGGUGGCUCAGUCUCGGUUGAGCAUCGUACUGGGGCUCAGGUUGUGAUCUCGUGGACUGUGAGUUCGAGCCCUGCAUCGGGCUCACUGCUAUCAGCAGGGAGCCUGCUUCAGAUCUUCUUUUCCCCCUCCCCUAUGUGCCCCUCCCCCACUCGUGGGUGCGCUCUCUCUCAAAAUUAAACAUUAAAAAAAAGACAUGAAAAAAUAGAUCCCAUAAUAAAAAGAACACUAUGAUAGAAAAUAGGAGUACUUGAAAAAUAACCAAAUAGAACUCUUUGAAACUGUUUGGGUAUUCAUUUAAAUUAUCAGUUCAGUGCAAGGUCAAUAGUAGAUUGGACUCAGCUGAAAGGGAGAAUGAACUGGAAGAUCUGAUGAAAUGGUAUAUGCAGCACAGAGUAAUUAAGAGGUCAUAGAAAAGAGUGGCCAAUGGAGACAGGGAGGUGAGAAUGCGUGUGUCCUCAACCACAGGACUUCUGAAGGAGAGAAAAGACUAAUAGGGAAACCUCUACAAAGUUGAUCAAGAAAAAGAAAAAAAAAAUCCAUAUAUAUUAGGAACAAACAUGACAACUAGAUGCAGACAAGAUUUAAAAACUAAAUGUUACAAUUUUACAUCCGUAUAUUUGAAAACUCAGUUUUCCACACCCCAAAAACAAAUAAUCCAGUGAAGAAAUGGGCAGAAGACGUGAAUAGACACUUCUCUAAAGAAGACAUCCAGAUGGCCAACAGGCACAUGAAAAGAUGCUCAGCGUCGCUCCUCAUCAGGGAAAUACAAAUCAAAACCACACUGAGAUACCACCUCACGCCAGUCAGAGUGGCCAAAAUGAACAAAUCAGGAGACUAUAGAUGCUGGAGAGGAUGUGGAGAAACGGGAACCCUCUUGCACUGUUGGUGGGAAUGCAAACUGGUGCAGCUGCUCUGGAAAACAGUGUGGAGGUUCCUCAAAAAAUUAGAAAUAGAUCUGCCCUAUGACCCAGCAGUAGCACUGCUAGGAAUUUACUCAAGGGAUACAGGAGUGCUGAUACAUAGGGGCCCUUGUACCCCAAUGUUUAUAGCAGCACUUUCAACAAUAGCCAAAUUAUGGAAAGAGCCUAGGUGUCCAUCAACUGAUGAGUGGAUAAAGAAGUUGUGGUUUAUAUAUACAAUGGAAUACUACUUGGAAAUGAGAAAGAAUGAAAUAUGGCCUUUUGUAGCAACGUGGAUGGAACUGGAGAGUGUUAUGCUAAGUGAAAUAAGUCAUACAGAGAAAGACAGAUACCAUAUGUUUUCACUCUAAUGUGGAUCCUGAGAAACUUAACAGAGGAUCAUGGGGGAAGGGAAUAAAAAAAAAAAAAGUUAGGGAGAGAGCCAAACCAUAAGAGACUCUUAAAAACUGAGAAUAAACUGAGGGUUGGUGGGGAGUGGCGGGGGCGGGGGGGUGACGGGCAUUGAGGAGGGCACCUGUUGGGAUGAGCACUGGGUGUUGUAUGGAAACCAAUUUGACAAUAAAUUUCAUAUUAAAAAAGAAAACUCCGUUUUCUAGGAAAAUAUAAAUUACCAGUAUUUACUCAAGAACAAAUAGCCCUAUAGUCAUUAAAUCAGUAGUCAGAACAUAAAGCCACAAUAAAAGCACUAAUCCACAGUCAACUUUAGAGAUUGGUUUUAUCAAAGUUUUAAAACACAGGCAGUCCCCAAAUAUAUUUUGUAAUUGACCUUUUAAGCCAGGAUCUGCGAGGAGAAGAGGGCAACAUUUCUACCCUGCAAAGGAGGUGAGAAAUGGUCUGUCUUCAGGACACGAUGGACCCAA